AUGCGGCAGCGCCUCUCUCGACGGGACCUUCGAGCGGCAGAUGUGCCCACGUGUCGACAUGUCAUAGUCACUUGGGCCGGAGAGGGACAGACAACGCAAGAAAGGCAACAGAGAGACACGAGUGAUGACAAGAGAGUGAGACACACGCGCACACGCAUACAGGCAGACAAACGCACAAUGUGUACACACACCGGGAAGGCACUUGUAGACAGACAGAGUCGGGACUCAGUGAACCGUCAGAGCCUGUGCACCGAUCUGGACGUUUCGCCCCUCGACCCCUCGACCCCUUAA